AUACGAAAGGAGGAAACGUGAGAUCGUUAUUAAAAGGUGGGCGGAGUCUUCUUAUCGCUCCUGGUGCUUGUGGCUGUCAGUCAGAGAAUGGAGGCCACGCCACAAACAGGCCAAACCAGAGGCCAAAGACGCCUGAAAUUGGUCAACUUUGAGAUCCAGGAGAACCACAUUUCUCAUGAGACCCAGGGGCUCAGCGACAAAUACCUGGUGGUCCGGCGGGGGAAGCCAUUCAAAGUUACUCUGCUGUUUUAUGGACGGAUGUGGAACCCAAACACAGAGUGUCUGGUCCUGCAGGUUUUGCUAGGUGAAAUGUCAGCAAAGAUGUUGGUCCACUUCUCAGACAAGUUGUCUGAUCGGCAUAGCUGGUCUGCACGAAUCUACCCAGGCAACAUAGGUCGUCGUGUCGUCACUGUCCACAUCUGUGCUCCUGUGCUAUCCUCUGUGGCGCAGUACCAACUCCUGAUCCACAUAUCAGGUGCACACGAGCAAAGCAGCUACGUCGCAGGAAGGUUUGUGUUGCUCUGCAAUCCUUGGCACAAAGAUGACCCAGUGUACAUACCACUGGAUGCACAACGACAAGAGUAUGUCAAGAAUGAUUAUGGCAUGAUCUAUAUGGGCACGGACAUCAACUUUAGCAAGCAGCCUUGGUCGUUCAGUCAGUAUGAGCCUGGAGUCCUUGAGGCAUGUCUUCAGAUGCUGCAAGUCAGUCCACAACACCUCAGCAACAAUCACAAAGACUACGUUCGAAGAGCAGACCCAGCCUACCUGAGCAGGAUCAUCUGUGCUAUGGUGAACUCUAGUGAUGACAUGGGUGUUCUGGAGGGGAGGUGGAAGGGCAGCUACAAAAAUGGUGUCAAUCCGACAGAGUGGAGUGGCAGUGCGGACAUCCUUCUCCGAUGGAUGGCAGCCAAAGGCAACCCUGUGCGUUAUGGACAGUGCUGGGUCUUUGCAUCUGUCCUCUGCACAGUAAUGCGGGUGCUGGGGAUUCCAUCCAGGGUGGUGACAGUGUUUAACGCAGCCCACGAUGGUGAUGGAAACCUGAUCACUGAAGAGUUUUACUCGACCACCGGGCAGAGGCUUGGGAUAUCAAAAGACAGUAUUUGGAAUUUCCAUGUGUGGGUAGAGUGCUGGAUGAGGAGGUCAGACAUUGGUGCCGAAUUUAAUGGCUGGCAGGUUGUGGACCCAACUCCGCAAGAAAAGAGUGCAGGCAUAUACCGCUGUGGUCCUUGUCCUGUGGUCGCGAUCCAGAGGCGUUCCCUCGACAUCCCAUAUGACACUGCCUUCAUUUAUGCCUCUGUUGAUUCGGACAUCGUACGCAUGAUAGUGCAGUCUGGUAAAGUGGUGGAGAAGAAGGUGGACACUCAGUGGGUGGGACGCUCAAUCUUCACCAAGAGCAUCGGCUCAGAUGUGCCAGAGGAUCUGACGGAGUCUUAUAAAAGACAGAAAAAAGAACAAUUAUAUAGAGGGGGAGACUCAGGAUUUGCUGACCUAUGCAGGCAAUCAUUUGGCGGACCUGGUAAGUUGACAUACACUGCUGUAUACAGGUCCCAUUCUGCCGGGCCUCGUCCUCCCAAACAAGACACGUCCAGCUUGGACGUGACCUUGACCAUAGAUGGAGAGCCGACUAUCGGCAAGAGCAUCAACCUGACAGUGACGGUUACAAACCCAACAAACAGCGCACGCCUCCUGAAGGAGCACCUGAGCGCUCAGAUAAAAAAAUUCAACAGCAGCCCAGAAAAAAGCUUCUGGGCGAGCCACCAAGAUGUAUGCAUUCAGCCAUUUGAAGAUUUGAUACGCCACCAUUCUAUUCCGCCCUCUAAGUAUGAGGCUUUCCUGGCAGGUGAUGACAUUGUGAAGGUGGCGGUGGUCAUUAAGGACUUAAAGACAAAAGAGAGGGUCCUGGCUAUACAGGACUUGAACCUCAGCUCGCCAAAAAUAAACAUACAGGUUGAAGGCGGGGACAGAAUCCAGAUGAAGAAGGAGUGCAUUGCAAUCGUUUCUUUCACCAACCAGCUCAACAAGCCUCUGGGUAGCGCUGUUCUCACUGUGGAAGGCUACGGCUUGUUGCAAGGCAAACAUGAGGCCAGGCUGACCGUCCUUCAACCAGAUGAGAAGAUAGAGAAGAAGGUUACUAUCGUAGCCUCUACUUUGGGCACGAAGAUGCUGAGUGCUUCAUUCUCACAUAGUAGCAGCUCCAGCGUUGUUUCCAGAUGUUUCCACAAAGUGACUGUCACAUAGUGACAUUAAAAAGACCCAGAACAUAUAUCUAUACAGUGAUCCCUCGCUACUUCGCGGUUCGUUUAUCGCGGCUUCAAUGCAUCGCGGGUUUUUCUUCCAGCCCAAAAAUUGUUUUUGUUAUACUAAGGGUUUGUAGUGCAUUCUCCAAGGACGACAUAAUUCACUUUAUCAUAUACGUGUUCUGUUAUAUGUUAUACUGUUCUGAUUGCCGGCUUUUUCUGUCAAGCGCAUUGCGAGGUUAUUCUGUCAGUUAAUAAACACGGCUCACAGAGUCUGAAUG